GUGAUUGUGCCCUUCCACAGGACGUUUCUCCGGGUCCCCUUUCCCCUCGGCCCUGGCUGGCCCUCACGGUCCCAGGGGGUCAGCCACCCCACGUCACCCCCGGCUCGUUCCCACUCUGGAGCGGCGUGAGGAUUUUCGCUCGAGUGCUUCACUGAACGGUGCCAUUUGAAGUGCGGCUUCUGCUGAUAAACGUGGGACCAUCUGCUUGGCGCAUCUCAAAUAUUUUCAGCAGCGGGAGAGCGGCUCUGAUUUCUCCAGAGAAGGGAGGCUGAAGCCAUCCUGGGAGCUGCGGGGACCGGAGACCCCGCAGGCUGGGCCCCAGGGCCCCAGGAUGCGAACGGACAGCGUCCCCGCUGCCACCUCUGACCCUCCCUGAGCAAAUGGGACUAAAAAUUACCUGAAGAGCCCCUGCCCCCGGCCUCCUCAUGGAGGUGUCGAACAUGACAUCGUCCGUCGACGAGAAGUCCACGAACACCUCGACUGACAGGAACACCUCGGUCGGGGACCUGCAUCGGGAAAUCCCGGUCGUGCACUGGGUGAUUAUGAGCAUUUCCCCUCUGGGCUUUGUUGAAAAUGGGCUCCUCCUCUGGUUCCUCUGCUUCCGGAUGAAAAGAAAUCCCUUCACCGUCUACAUCACCCACUUGUCUAUAGCAGACAUCUCACUGCUCUUUUGUAUUUUUAUUCUGUCGGUCGACUAUGCUUUAGAUUAUGAGCUCUCUUCUGGCUAUUACUACACGAUUGUCACAUUAUCGGUGACGUUUCUGUUUGGCUACAACACGGGCCUCUAUCUGUUGACGGCCAUUAGCGUGGAGAGGUGCCUGUCUGUCCUGUACCCCAUCUGGUACCGAUGCCAUCGCCCCAAGCACCAGUCGGCGUUUGUCUGUGCCCUCCUGUGGGCACUGUCAUGCUUAGUGACCACCAUGGAAUAUGUCAUGUGCAUUGACAGUGAAAGACAGGGUCACUCUCGAAGUGACUGCAGGGCGGUGAUCAUCUUUAUAGCCACCCUGAGCUUCCUGGUCUUUACUCCUCUCAUGGUGGUGUCCAGCACCAUCCUGGUGAUUAAGAUCCGCAAGAACACGUGGACGGCCCAUUCCUCAAAGCUGUACAUAGUCAUCAUGGUCACCAUCAUCAUAUUCCUCAUUUUCGCCAUGCCCAUGAGGCUCCUGUACCUGCUGUAUUAUGAGUAUUGGUCAGCCUUCGGGAACUUGCACGACAUUUCUCUUCUCUUCUCCACCAUCAACAGCAGCGCCAACCCUUUUAUUUACUUCUUUGUGGGCAGUAGUAGGAAGAAGCGGUUCAAGGAGUCCUUAAAAGUGGUUCUGACCAGGGCUUUCAAAGAUGAAAUGCAACCCAGGCGCCAGGAAGACAAUGGCAACACCACCACGAUUGAGACUGUGGUCUGAGCACGGUGGCAGGGAACAGUGGACAAAAUGGUGGGACACAGAUCAUUUGUACUUUGCGCUUGGAAUACCACUUCCAUAUGUCCUAAAUAAGACACAGAAGGACACCCAUCCCAUGUGCAUGAGAGACUAAUGAGGAGGCUAGACUGUAUUCUUGUACUGUAUCUUCUGAAAAAGCCUAAAAAUGUGUCGGACCUCUAUCAUUUCUGUACCUAUAAAAAAAAACAUUUUGUUCCUCCUCAGCUUUUCCAGCAACAUUUCCCCAUGAACUGUAGAAACUACUCUAGCGGGAAGGUUUACAGAUGAGUACAGGAAAAGUUAAUGAAAGCACUUGCUGGAACUUGAGAAGGUGGAGCGAUAUGGCAGGAAGAACAUGGGCUUUGGAGUCAGAUCGACUCUGUCAUUUGCUGCCUGUGUGACCUCAGGCAAGUGGUUUGACCUCUCAGAACCCCAUUUCCUCUCUUAUAAAAUGUUUAAUAGUAAUAGUCCCCAGGCUUGUAGUGAGGAUAAAAUGGGGAGAUACAGUGUGAAUAGCGCUUGGCACAUUGUCAACGUUCAAUAAAUGUUAGUCUUUUCCUCACUCCUUGAAGUGGAAGAAGAAAUACACUCUUCUGAUUUGUAACACACACACAUACAUGCACGCACACGUGCACACACACACACACACACAGCUCUAUUAUAUACAAAUAUUGCUGUGUGUUUUCAAAUGUUAAAUGUAAAUUUAUGAAGGUCUUCUGUCUGCUUGAAGCGUGAAAGCCUUUCACAGCACGGCACCUCUACUGAAAACCUCUGCAGAUGUUAUAACAUCCAGCUAGCCAUGUGUUAGAGUAUCAUCUGAGGUUGUGAAGAAACACAUUUGGCCACCAGUAGAGGAGUUUCACAUGGCUUUUCCUUCCCUCUGUGGGAAUGCUUGAUGUAAUGGAAGUCUGUUGGGAAAUCCUUUGCUUGAUAUAAGUUUUCAUGAAUGGAACUCAAUUCAUGACUUUGUGAGGGUGAUUGUGCUUUUGGAGCCUCCCAUCCCACCCCCAUGAAAUGAAAUGAUGAAGUGAUGGGUUAUUUGUGGCCACCAGGUUCUCACCUGCAGCCAGAUGCAGGUUUCUGUGCUUCGGACUUCCUCUCCUCCUGGGCACUUCUUUGCUCUAGUCUUGGGAGAAGGCACCACAGCAGGGGCUGAUGAGAGUGGCCACAUCUCGGAGGGGCCCUGGGCACUUUUCCCAAGAAAAUCUUGGCAGGACUUUGUCAGUACCUUAGUGCUCUGCUUGCUUGCCACGACUUAUGUCUGAGUCUUUACAGUGUGUCCUGGGUUUCACCCGUGAAACCUACUGUGGCCCAUAGACUACGUUGCUACGUUUCAUCUCAUUCUGCCCCUUCUAGGUGCCCCAUGAAAGCGGCCAUGCUUUGUGUGGGUCUAGGGGACUAAACUGUUCACUCCCGUAAAUGAGCCCAUUGGGAUUUGUCUUAACCAUUUGUCUCCGAAGGGUCAGAGGCGCUGCGAUGAAAGGCUUCUCU